AUGCAUCAGCCGCCUCCCAACUCAGCCACAGCCCCCAACACGCCGCACAUCAACGUGAAUGGGACUCAACUGCAAGUGGUAAAGAACUUCCCGUACCUGGGCAGCACGCUCUCCCGCAACACCAAGAUCGACGACGAAGUUGCCAACAGGAUCUCGAAAGCCAGUCAAGCCUUCGGUCGCCUCCAAAGCACAGUUUGGAAUCGUCAUGGUCUCCAACUGAGCACAAAGCUGAAGAUGUACAAGGCCGUCAUCCUGCCGACGCUACUGUACGGAGCGGAGACCUGGACGGUGUACACGAGGCAGGCACGUCGACUAAACCACUUCCACCUCAGCUGUCUCCGCCGCAUUCUGAGGCUGAACUGGCAGGACCGCAUCCCCGACACCGAAGUGCUGGAACGGACGGGAAUUCUGAGCAUCUACUCCAUGUUGAGACAAAUGCAGCUGCGCUGGAGCGGCCAUCUGGUGCGCAUGGACGACGAGCGACUACCCAAACGACUCUUCUACGGAGACGUCGCGACGGGUUCUCGUCGUCAAGGAGGCCAAAUUCGCAGUUACAAAGAUACUCUGAAGUCCUCCCUGAAGCGCCUGCGAAUCAACCCGACCAACUGGGAAGAGCUCGCCCGCGAUCGUCCGACUUGGAGGAGAACAGUGAAGACGGACGCUGCUAUCUACGAAGCCAACCGCAUCGCCGCCGCCAAAGUGAAACGCAAAGCCCGCAAAUCACAACUUUGCCCAAUACGCAACGCCGCCGCACAUCCUCUCCCUACGUGUCCUCGAUGUCAACGGACAUUCCGGGCACGAAUCGGACUUGUUGGACAUCUUCGAAUCAACUUCACCUCUCGAACUGCUCCAGCCAUCGUCCCCCAGCCCGCCUUUUCCUCGUCCUCUAUACCGCCAACUAACUCUGACACUCCUUCAGCACCACCACUUCCAUCCUCCUCCUUCUCCUCCACUGCCCCAGCGGCGGCCGUUCAGACUGCCGCCUCACACAUCACCAACCUCGACACAAUAACCGCCACCACCCCCACCUAUCCCGAUUCCAGUGAUGAGGAUCAGGACUGCACCUGCCCUCACUGCGACCGCACCUUCAACUCACGCAUCGGCCUGGUCGGUCACUUGCGAAUCCAUCGCACAGAGACUGGUGAACCAGUGCCUGGAGCACCAACCUACACCCACUGCACUCGCCUCCACUGCCCACAAUGCCCUCGCACCUUCCGGCAUCGCAUGGGUCUAUUCGGCCACAUGCGCAUCCACGAGAGCGGAAUUGACCGCAGCCUUGACACACCCACCCCACCGAGCCCCACUCCCAAUCCAUCACCUUGUGCACCCACUAACCACUCCCCAGCCGACAUCGACGCCACCGACCUUACCACCCCUCACUCCUCCCCUUCCUCCUCCUCUUCCUCCUUCACUGCCACAACGACAGCCGCUUCGGCGUCUGUCGCCCACGACUUCCCCACAGCCGAACCUGACACAACAACAGGCACAACCCCUGCAACCUCCAUCAUCAGACGUGAGGGCCAGGACUACAUCUGCCCUCACUGCGAUCGCACCUUCACUUCACGCAUCGGCCUGGUCGGUCACUUGCGAAUCCAUCGCACAGAGACCGGCGAACCAGUGCCUGGAGCACCAACCUACACUCACCGCACUCGCCUCCACUGCCCACACUGCCAUCGCACCUUAACGCGUCGCAUGGGUCUAUUCGGCCACAUGCGCAUCCACGAGAGCGGAAUUGACCACAAUUCCGAUACAGCCACGACAUUCAAAACAUCCACCACGCCCAGACCCAUCCUCGCUCCACCGUCACACGCGCCGACCACCACCAACACCACUGCUUCCUCUACAGCUGACACCGACACCGCCGACCUCUCAUGCCCACAUUGUCCACGCACCUUCACGUCACGCAUCGGCCUGGUCGGUCGGACGUGA